AUGAAACUCCCCCCCCUGUGCCGCAUCCCCCUCGCCCUCCUGCUGCUAUGCCUGACGUCUCGAACGAGAUGCUACGUGCAUAACGACGUCAUUAAGUUCGGGGAGGAGAAUUCCUUGAAGUGCUCCCAGGGAAGCCUCUACAUCCUGCACUGCGAAGUAAAGUGCGUGAACGAGAAAAACCGAAUCAUCCACAAAAGCUGCAUAGAUCAAGUAGAAGCAAAAUGUAUGGGUAACAGAAAAUGCAAAUAUUAUUUCGAUUACGUAUUUAAAAGAAGAACCCAUAGUUUGAGAGACAAAAAUGAAAUCGAGAUUGAGGAAUGUGUGGAAUCGGAAAAGAAUGAAAUCAAAACAUCGACGACAUGUCUUUUGAGUAACUCUUUUUUCUUAGAUGAAACUCAUGUUAAGUAUUUUUUUUUCAUUAAGAAUAAAAAUAAAGAACCAAUCACUUGUAAGGAGGGACAUCUAAAUAUAAAAAGCGCAAUCUUACACUCUCCUUUUUGUAAAGUUAAUUUAAAAGACAUUACUGAUGUGUUGAAAAGGCAAUGUGAUAAUAACAGAGAGUGUGUGAUCAAUCCAUAUGUGUUGCAAAAGGAUGCCCUGAAUGAGAAGGAUCAAUGCUAUAUUAACAACUCCUACGUGUCACUUAAUGUUGUGUGUACAAAGGAGGAGGAGGAACAAAAUGGAGAGUCUACUCAAAAACAAAAACCAGAUAAUGAUCUAGACGAAACAGAAGAAGAAAAUUAUGACACUAGUUUGGAUAAAAAAAAAGGAGAGACAAUCACAGAUGGGAAUGAUGACACUGAAGUAUUCAAUAAAGAGGAUGAGCUGAAAAGAACAAAUGAUGAAGUAGAUCAUAUAAUGAACAGUAGUGAAAAUUUUUCAAAUAAAAUAAAAAAAGCAAAGAGUAUCCUUUUAUCACAAAUGAAUGAACAGGUAGUGAAAAAAAAGGAUAUUUUUAAUAAAUUAGGAAAUGAACUCUCCAAAAUGCUUGUCAAUAAAUAUGAUGCUUCUGAUUUGAAAGACCUACUAGAGGAUAGAUACAACGAAAUGAAGAGAAGCCCAGAUCAAGAUUUGUAUUACCUCUACUUGUUAGACACUCUCGAUAUUAACAAAAUGGAGGACGUUGAUAUAACAUCUCUUCAGGAAAACCUAGCCAAGGUAUUGAAAGAAGAAAUGGAGAAACUAAAUCAAGUCGAGAAAAAUAUUAAUAGAUUAAGGAAGAAGUAUUUGUCUAUAUAUAAUAAAGCAAAAAAUAAUGACAUGAAAGAAAUUUUUGAUGAAAAUUAUAAGCCAACUAUUAAGGCACUCAAUUUUAGCAAAACCAAUGUGAGUGAUAUGGAAAAUGUUGAAGAAAAAAAGGAGUAUAAGGACUUACUUGAGAUGGAUAUUCUUGAUGACUAUAAUAGGAAGAAGAGAAUCAUCGAUAUGAGAAAUGGACUGGUGGAGACUUUGAAAAAAUUGUAUUAUGAGAAAAAUGGAAUUUUUCACAAUUUAGCUAGCUGUAUCAAGUCCUACUGCUAUAAGAACCCGUUGAACCUAAAUGUGCUCAGUAGUGUGCUCAAAAGGAACUUCGAGAACCUCAAGGAGAAGAAGAUCACAGACCCUGUUGCGGGCAUCGUGAGGUAUCUCGAGAAGGUGGGCUCUCAGGUGGACUCGCUCAAAGACAAUGCCUCCCAGGUGGGGGAAGGUGGAGCGGUUGAUGGAGCGGUUGGUGAAUCAGCUGGUGGAGCGCCUCGUUGGGAGAAGGACAAGCGAAUCCUGCAGAAGCUCCAGGCGCUGCUGCACUUGGGAUACCAGCAGGUGUAUGACAAAGAACUUGAAAUCGACGAGAGGACAGAAAAAUACAACGCGCUGAAUGAGAAAGCCAAAGAGUAUAACCUGGACCGCCUGUUCAGUGAGAGCGACAAGGUGUUGAAGAAGGUGGCAGUGCUCACCAGUGCCAACGAGAGUGCCGAUGAGGUGUUUGGGAACCAGGCCUCCUUCUUCGACGUGUACAAGGAGGGAGAGGGGGUCAGCGAGAAGGGAGACGCGGUCACUCAGAAGGGAGACGCGGUCAGCGAGAAGGGAGACGCGGUCAGCGAGAAGGGAGACGCGACAAGCGACCAAAUCGAGGCACAAACUGAUGAGGAGAAGAUGAAGGAAAAAGAAAAACCCAAAAAUGUAAAGGGAAGCAAUUCUGAUGAGGAGGAGAACAACGACGGAAGUGGCAUGAAUGACCUGGACGAAGGAUACGAGAGCGCCAAAGAGGAGGAAAAGAACGCGCUAGAUGAGAAGGACAGCGGGGGAGAUGUAGAAUCUGUUGAAGAAAAGGGGGAGGCAGAGAAGGAGAAUGAGGAGGGAGAAAGUGAAGAUGCCGAGGGUGUAGAUGCGGGAAGUAACAAAGAAAGUGGCGGUGAUGAGGAUGGCGAAAGCGGCGAGGGGGACGACGGUUUGUUGGAAGCGGGCUCCACGGAGUCGACCGCCUCGGAUGACGCAGCAGAUGGGGACUCCACAGAGUCGACCGCCGCGGAUGAAGCCGCUGGAGAAGUGGCCGAGCCUGCAGAGGCGGACCAGAAUGAUGCCCCAGUCAAAGGAGAAGACAUCGAAGACAGUGAACACAGCGAACACAGCGACGGCGCAGAGGAUGCGGACACGGAAAUCAGAGGCGAAGCGGAAGAGGCAGAGCAACCCACCGGAGAGGCAGUGGUGAAAGGCGACUCGGAAGGAGAGGCAUCGGGUCUGGAAACAGAGAAGAAGGGUGAUGAUGGCGGAUCCUUCUUCCAGGGCCUGAGCAGAGCCCUCCUAGCCGUUUUGGCCAUCCUGUCCCUGGAGUUACUCCUAUAA